CGCUCCUCCAGAGAUACUAAAAAAUAUGAUUCGAGCAUGUUCAAAGAAGGUGUCCUUCCAGCUCUGCGAAAACAUCAAUUCCAAAAUAUCGAUGCUCCAAAUCAGCACAAUGUCAAAUCCCCUUAUUGCAGUCUGUCAAAUGACAUCUACUUCCGACAAGGAGGAAAACUUCCAGGCUGUCAGUAAUUUGGUGGCUGAAGCCAAACGAAGAAAUGCUUGUAUAGCUUUUUUACCAGAAGCAUGCGAUUAUUUAGCUGAUAACAAGGCAGAUGCUGUUGCAAUGGCAGAGCCUUUGGAUGGAGAGACAGUCAAAAGAUACAGGGAAUUAGCUCAGAGAGAAGAUAUGUGGUUGUCUCUUGGAGGAGUUCACGAAGCUGUGGCUGACAAGAAUAAAACGCAAAAUUCCCACAUAAUUAUCAAUAACAAAGGAGAAUUGGUAGCUACGUACAGAAAAAUUCAUUUAUUUGAUAUGGAAAAUAAAGAUACAGGAAUUAGAUUAAUGGAAUCUGACUAUGUUGUGAAAGGUGAUGAAAUUGUAGCUCCUGUAUCAUCACCAGCAGGAAAGAUAGGCUUGAGCAUUUGCUAUGAUAUGCGUUUUCCAGAGUUAUCAUUCUGCCUCAGAAAUAUGGGGGCUCAAAUUUUGACAUUCCCUUCAGCUUUUACGUAUCAAACAGGGGCAGCUCACUGGGAAGUUUUAUUAAGAGCUAGAGCCAUUGAAACUCAGUGUUAUGUCAUUGCAGCUGCUCAAGUAGGAACUCACAAUAAGAAGAGAGUUAGUUGGGGUCAUGCUAUGGUUGUUGAUCCUUGGGGUACAGUGAUUGCUCAGUGCAUGGAUAAGCAAGGUGUUGCUGUUGCUGAAAUAGAUUUAGAAAUCGUGAAUAAAGUAAGAAGAAUCAUGCCAAAUGAACAGCAUAGAAGAACGGAUUUAUAUCCAACAAUGCUCCCCAAAUGUUCUUAAUCAUCUGUUAUUUACUUUGUAUAUAAUUUAAAUAUUGCGCUUGUUUUCGUUUAUAAACUGUGUAUGCCAAACGUGUAAAAAAAGACUUCCACAAGUUUAUUAAGCUUUUCAUGUGAUUGUUAUUUUUGUAUAAUAUUUAUAAAUAAACGUCACUGUGCUCCUUUCACACGGACAAACAAACAUUUGUACAACUAUUUCUCUUUUUAAAACAAUGAAACACUGUAUAAUCAUUACAAUUAAUUGAAUG